GUUCCUGGAGACGUCGUCUUGGAUCUUUCCACGAUGGCUAAUCAGACGAUCAAACUGGGAGCAGGAUUGCGUCAGAUUUUGAUUUGGUCUACAGGAUUGUGACACUAUAUCAGCCAUGAAGGCUGGGAAGCUGAGGCUGUCGAAGCCGAAUAAGUACUGGAUCGAGAGCUCACAGAAGAGAUAUGUACCAUGUGUCGAAGAUACAGUUCUCGGAAUUGUGGUUGAUACCAAACCAGAUAACUUCUUGGUGGAUAUAAAGGGUCCGAAUUUGGCAUUUCUACCUGUACUUGCUUUUGAAGGUGGAACAAGGAGAAACAUACCAAAGUUUGAGAUUGGCACUCUGAUCUAUGCCCGAGUUGUCAAAGCUAAUAGCAUUAUGAAUCCUGAACUCUCCUGCACUGAUGCUGGUGGAAAAGCUGCUGAGUUUGGUCCAUUGAAAGAUGGUUACAUGUUUGAGACUUCAACUGGCCUGGCACGAAUGUUACUAAGCUCUCCGAUGUGUCCAGUUCUUGAAGCGCUUGGAAAGAAGUUGUCAUUUGAGACUGCUGUUGGAUUAAAUGGCCGUGUCUGGGUAAAUGCUUCAUCUCCAAGCAACGUCAUUCUUGUAUCAAAUGCUAUCAUGAGGUCGGAGUUUCUGAGUGGAACACAACAAAGAAUCAUGGUGGAGAAACUAAUGGAUAGACUCCAAUAACGGUGAGUAUUUUUGCGGUGUGAAUGACUUUUUCCAUGGUAAAAAACCAUCUGUCUUCUGUUUCUUAUGGGAAAAGGAGAACUAUUGGACUGAUGGAUUUGCAGUUCAUGAGCACAAAACAUACAACCGUCGGUUCAAUCACAGAAAGUGAUUCAUCAGGGAAGCUCGAGUAAACUCAUCGAAUGGCGAAGAGUGAAGACUAAUUUACGAACGAGAUGUUCGGGCAUAGGUUGGAGGCGUCUAUUGCACUUCCUUCGACCUUGAAAGUGUCUAUCUUAACUCAAUAUUUUACCGAAAUUAACCAGAUUAGAUUUGAACCACCAAUUGAACAGUUACGCAUUUAGGUUUCAGGGUCAAAAUAUAUGUAAGAUUGUAUUAGAAAAAGAAAAAAUGGAAAGAACAGGCUAUGUCCUACAUUCCUGCUGUUAAACCUGAACCAUUCCAAUCAUUCAUAAAUCUGAGUUUAUGUAGCUUGAAUUUCUGCGUAAAAUCUACAAUGAAGUUAAUUUUGUUAA